GUUGUGAACAGUUUUGAAUCUGAUCGAUUUCUCUACCUUCGCUCUUCGAUAUACUCUACCAGCAAACAAUAUAACUUCAGAAUAAGCACACACUGUUCCACUUACAGUUGUCAAAAAAAUGGGAGGGCUUCUAUCCUCACCUAAAACUGACAAAUACAAUGAAACUGGUUGUGGCAAUGGACUUCGAUACGGGAUCUCCAGCAUGCAAGGGUGGCGUCUUUCAAUGGAGGAUUCUCAUUGUGCCAUAACACAACUUCCUGGGAAUCUUAAGGAUUGGUCGUUUUUUGCUGUUUUUGAUGGCCAUGCUGGUGCCUUGGUAUCAGAACUCUGUGCCACAGAGCUGUUGAAGUGUAUUGUGGAUACUGAGGAAUUCAAGAAAAUCAAUCCUGACUUGGCACCUAGUUUACAAGAAGUAGAACGUGGCAUUCGCGAUGGUUUCUUAUCUUUGGAUGAUCGUCUUCGACACCUUCCUCAACUUGCUAGCGGUGAAGAUAGAUCAGGAUCCACUGCUGUCUGUGUGCUCAUAACACCUAAACAUAUUUUCUUUGCCAAUUGUGGAGACUCUCGUGCCAUACUCAUUCGAAAAGGUAAAGUUGCCUUUGCUACAGUUGAUCAUAAACCUGUAAAUCCAAAUGAGAAACAGCGUAUACAAAAUGCCGGUGGUUCCGUUAUUAUACAACGAGUAAAUGGUUCUCUUGCGGUUUCUCGAUCAUUGGGGGAUUAUGCCUUUAAAGCUGCUAAAGAUUUAGGUCCUACGGAGCAACUUAUAUCCCCAGAACCUGAAAUCACUGUUGUUGAUCGUGAUAAAGAUUUAGAUGAAAUUAUCGUUUUAGCCUGUGACGGUAUUUGGGAUGUUUUAACUAACGAAGAACUUUGUUUACUUCUGCAAAAUCGCAUGCGAUGUGUUGAUGACUUAUCAAUGAUAUGCAAUGAAACUAUUGAUAUGUGUUUGUAUAAAGGGAGUUCCGAUAAUAUGAGUAUGGUUCUAGUGGCAUUUGAUCCUGCUCCUCGAGUAGAUCCUACUUCUAAAACGGAAGAUGAAAAUUUAGAAUCUGUUUUAGUACAACGUACUAAAGAAUUUUUGGAAAAGCAUAGCAAAACUGAAGUAACAACUGAAAUGGUUGUAGAAGAUUUACAAGCAUCUGUUGGCAGUUUGCCAUCUUCUGGAAAUUGGCUUUGCAAGAUUGGCAAAAUACAAGAACUGAUUGAUUCUCAUCGUCUGGCUUAUUCAAAUCGUGGGAUUGAGAACCGAUGAACUCAUAUACUCUCUUAUCCUUCAUUCUCUCAUCUUUUUUAUUCUUUCUCUUAAAUGUAUCGACUGCUUGUGUUACGUUUAUGCUUUGUAUGUAUGUAUGGGUGUUUGUAAAUAUGAUGAAUAUACUUGAGCUAAUCUACUCUUGUCUGAUUUUCAUAUGCUUAAAUGAAUAUUCUUAAAUUGUUGCUUAUAGAUCUAGUCACUCGCUGUUUAAUCAAUUGAUGGAAAGUUGCUAAUGAUGAUACUAUAGGGUUUGUACAUUUCAUCUUGUUGAAUUAUAUUCAUUUCCAUUUCCAAUCAAUAUUUCCGUCAUAUAUAUAUACUUCAUGCUCAAUAUAUCUUUAUUUUUCUUCCUUUCUAUUCACCGAAGUAUGUGUAUUAUCUUCAGUCUAUCAAACGAUAAUGUGCAGUAUUAUAUAUAUUUAUAUAUAUAUUUUUUCUCUAUCUCUUCAUUUUCUUUUCACAUAUUUGUGUAAUAUAUUUCAUGUGGUUUCAUUUGAUCCUAACAGUAGUAGAAUAACGGUAAUAGUAAUAGUAUUUAUGAUUAUUAUUAUUUUUUAUGAUACUGUUGAAUUUGUACAUGAUCAGCAAAAAGAAAAAAACACAAGUUGGUACUGCAUUUAUUUAUUACCAUUUUCAUAUUCAUAAAUUUAUAGUUUUGAAUGAGGCUAAAUUGUGUUUUUUUGUUGCUACUUAGUAAUUAAUGUUGAUGUUUUGUUUCACUCAUGUUAACGUAAUUUCUAUAAUUUGUUUCUUUUAUGUUGCUAGAGGAAAAUUAACCCAGAGAUAUUCAAUAUUAUGUUUGUGUGCGUGUGUGGGAAUAAAUAUGAAUCUAAUCAUUUCAAGUCAAAGAUAUUUUUCUUUCUAUACAAAUAAGUCAUUCAUUGGUCUCAAUGUUGUCUCAUUUAAAUACGGUUAUGAGCACUAGAUGAUCAAUAAUAAUACAAAUAGUGUUGAACAUAAGAAUUAUUGAAUAUCCGGUACUGUUUAUUCUUUUAUUAAUUAUUAUUUAGUAAAUAUGUUUACAUAUACAGAGGAGAGUAUGUAGUUAUAACAAACUGAACAAUACUAGCCAUGGGUUUACAAAAAAAAAUGAGUAGGUCCUAUAUUGUGCUGUUUUUCCAAUGUUGUACUCAAUAAAUAUGUAUCUUCAAUAUGAUAAUAUUUUGAUGCACCAAUGCCAACUUAUAUGCAUUUAAUUUGUUGAUAUAUUUUUCUUUUGUUUUUUUAAAUAUUUAUUUACAUUGUUAUAUAAGAUGAUUAAUUAAUAACAAACUGUAUGUAACAGAAUAUUUGUAUUUGUAGUAAGCUAUUUGUAAUCAGUUUUCAAGAUGAAAACUGUUAAUGUUUCAUUAAAAUAUUCGUUACGCGUAAAUUUAUUCACAUUAAACAUGUGUAACAGA